AUGGCUCAGGCCUCCCGAGGCGAUUUAUUUGCUGGCUUGUAUUCAUGGGCACAUAACUUGUUGCCAUUAGCCAGUAAUAAGAAGUGCUGCAGCCCUUACAUUUUGUCGAAUCCGAAGACUCGGAACAUACUUGUGAAUGAAGCUGUUAGGAAGGGAGAGCGGCUGAUUCCACUUCUUUCAUUUGAGAUCUUGCUGCAGCUUACAUUCCUUGCUCCAUUCGCAAGAGUAAAG